AUGGGUGACGCUCUGACGGGGAGGCGCUUCUCUCAGAUCACACCUGAUGACCACGCCGGAUCGGUCUGGAUUGCCAGUAUUCUAUGCCUGAUAUAUUCAGUUCUCACAUUGGCGUUGAGAGGUCAUCUUCGACUCAGAAUCUAUGGGAUGGAUGAUUACAUUGCGUUGGCGGCCACGCUCAUUCAAGUGGGAGAGGUGAUUGCAGUAAUGAUAGGACUAAACCACGGACUUGGAAAGACCCAGCUUCUCCUCCGUCCAAGCGAGGUGACAAAGGCCAGUCGAGCUACUUUUACCGCUCAAAUACUGUUCAUCCUCUCUGCCGCUGCGGCGAAGGCGUCGACGUUGUGUUUGAUGAUGAGACUUUUCAAUCUGUCGGGCCCCAGGACGGGCCAGAAAUUGCGUCAGCGGGUGUUCUAUUGGAUUGCGUUGGCUGUGAUGGCAGGAGUGUCCCUUUGGGCAAUCCUCUCCAUCGUCGCGUUAGCAGUUAACUGCUCCGUUCCCGGCUCUAUUCGAGGCAACGCGGGCAGUUGCGCUCACCAGUUCCUUCGCUGGCAGCUGAUCACAGCUUUCGAUGUCGUGACAGAAGGCGUCUUGAUCCUGAUCGUGAUCUGUGUCGUUUGGCCCGUACAUUUGUCCUUCGCCAUGAAGUGUCAGGUGGUCCUUGCCUUCUCCUUCCGCCUCCUGGUCGCUGUACUCUCGAUUCUCCAUCUCCACUACAUAGCUGAGUAUACCGGCUCCGACAACCCUGGCAUUGCAAUCGUGCCGGUGGUCGCGAUACAGCAAGUGCAGCUUUGCUGGUCGCUUAUUUCAGCCACCAUACCCAAUCUGAAAUCCUUCGUCAAGAGCUUUAGCAGCGGGUUCGGCAUUCAGCUCGAUCCUUCACUCACGCAAGCAUACGGAUCUGGUCGGAGGACCAACAGUGGUUACGAGAUGGGUUCUGUUAAUGGCAGCGGCACCGCCAAACCCAGGUCAGGGGGAAGAUCGCAUAGUGACAACGAAGAAACACCGCCGGUUCCGACGAAGAACAAGCUUGCCACCACCCGAGAGCAUGACUCGAUCGAUAGCGGCGGCAGCCAGGGCAGCCAGGACCACAUCAUUCGCAAGGACGUGCAGUGGAAUAUUCACUACGAAACCGAGCCUGGAAGAGCUUUAUGA